AUGUCUCCUGAGGUCUUUUUGGCACUGGGUGGGAUUGACAGAAUAAUAUUUGACAGUGCUUUAGAAUCUCAUAUAAGGAUAUAUUUCCCUUUGCAAUUUAAGAUAACACAGAAAAUAUCAGUGUGGUAACAAAACUUUGCAAAUGUAAAAUGAUUGCCAUUAAUGAGUGGCUACCUCAUUAGUGAGUAAUCCAGAAAAAAUGCUGACAUAUUCUAUUAAAAGUAUUUGUUGCAAGUUAAUAUUGUAUACUCAUAUCUUGUUAACAUAUUAUACUUUCAGUAUUUCAGAGGAGUGAAUUUAAGAAGAAAAGGGAGGCAAUUUAAAUUUAGGCUUUUAACAUUUUUUAAGAGUACAUUCCACCAGUAGUGUUGAGAUUGGGAUUGCCUCCUGCAAGACUUCACUAGACUUUCAGCUCAGACAGCCAUAGAAGGUGUAUAAUGUCUUCAAAGCAAAAUGAGAAAAGCUGUACUGUGAGCACAUAAGCAGUAAUUUUAUUGUGUCCUCUCAUCUACCUUAACUUAGAAGUACCCAGUGUUCUGAUAAAGACAAAAGUUUGACUAAUGGUAGUUUUUAUAGAUGACCUUGUCCCUCAAUCUGUUUCUAACCUGAUGGACAUAAGUAACUAUUAAUACUCACUCAUGGUACAGCACCAUACUGGGUACACUAAGGAAUGUGCAAAACACAUGGAGAUGACCAUUUAAUUCUUGUCUCUACUCUUUGUGAAAAUAUGGUAAGAAUGUUUAUAAGGCUUCAUUAAAGGAGGAAUUUAUUUGGGGGCUUAGAAUUUAGACAGCCUCUGCUAGAGGUGGUAUAAAUAAUGUGGUAAACCAAAUCACUGUCCUAUUUCAACAGUUCUAGGCUCUUGGUUGCCUGAUGAAAAGUUACUAGAAACUACAAGUGGAAAUUGCUUAAAUUCCCUAUGUGUUUCAGUCUCUUUUCUGGCGGGAUAAGAGGUAUUUGGAGUGUUUCUUGACUGUCUUAUGUUUUCUUCUUUUAAAUAUAGUGAAGGUAUAUUUUAUGUAGGACUUGUAGCAUGUGUUAAUUUAAUUGUUGGGAUUAUAACAGCUAAUCAUUUACAAUUCAAAUAUAAGGAUUGAAGUUAGUUUUUCUUUUGCCUGAUUUAAACGUGUGCAAGCUUUUUUUGGUUUUUUUGUUGUUGUUAAUACCUGAUUUUUCCCUUUGCAUAAAUAAGAUUCUGUGACUUCUCUCGUAGAUACUAUUUGUAAGAGAUAGUUAAGAUUUUUUUUUUUUUUUGUACAGAAGAAGGCCUCAGUAAUUCAAGGGCUAUUCUUGAUAUUCCAGUUGAAACUACUACUUUUUUUCUUCACCAUAGUACUCUGAAAAAUAGCUCUUGAGUAAGUUCAGUGACUGAGAAGGCUUACACAAUGCUUGCCUUUUGCUUUUCUUAUUUGAUCACCUCAUCUUCCUGGACUCUCCACAGUCACAUGCCACAUUCUCCCACUUGGUUCAUGUUAGAGACAUCCCCAAUUUCAAAACCUUAACUAAAAUCCCUCCUAGUAAAAACCUACUUUUUUGUAAAUUUGGAGCCGAUCAAAAUGAGGAUGCCCUAAGAAAAGGCUCAGUGAACACCUUUGUCUUGGAAUGUACAGCUAUUUUAGCAGCAAUCUGAUAGCCCAGGCCCAGGUAGCCUUUGAAACAAUUUAUUUAAUUAUAAGCUCAAUAAGCCAUUUGAGGUGUGUGUGUGAUGUGAGCAUCUUUACCCUUCUGUGUAGUAGUAGAGCAGCACUAGAACCAAAACUCUUGCUUCCAUCUAAUAGAGUUCCCUGCUUUCCUCUUAGACUAGUAUGAGGACAUUGAAAGCUCCAGCCUCACUUUUGAGUGACUUGCUUGGACCAGGAGUGCUUGCUACAUAUAUACAGACCUACUAAGUCAGAAUUAAAGAAUCCUAGUGUGGUUCAUAUGCACUUUAAAGUUUGAGAAGCCCUGCUCUGCAGAAGUAUGAUUCAUAUGCUGAUCCUGAGGAAAGCCUUAGUUUUCUUUCUCGUGCAUAUGUAAGUUAAAGUCAUAUCCUAUAUGUGAGAAAUCACUGAAUUCAGUACUGAUAAUUGAGAGUGUACAUUUAUCUUCUAAUCCAAUUUCUUAAAAACUCUAAGACAAACUUUAUCCCUUUUCUAUAUUUUUAACAUGUCAUUUUAGCAUUUUUCAUUUUCAAAAAAACCAAUACAGGGUACCUGGAAUGACAAAACCUGAAAAAGAUCCCAGGUGGAAUCCCCUUUUUGCUACACACUUAGGGCUCUGGAGGUAGGAUGGGGUGGGAGGAUUGGGUAACCUUGGAUGGAAGCAAUGGAGAUAAAGGCAUUCAGGGACAAAUAAAUUAAAGAUCAAAGAAAGGAGAAAGCAAAAGUAGCCAAAAUAGGGCAGAAGGCUCUCAGGAGAAAUGGCGGUGGAAGGUAAAGGGCAAAAAAGUACAAGUGUCGAAUAGUGUCAUUGCUAUGUCCCCUCCCCCACACCCGAACUCGACAGCUAAGGCCUUGCGUUUAUGAAGCUCCCCGGCCGGUAGCUGAGAUUCGCUUUCCAAAGGAAAAUGGGGUCUAGCUGUAUUUUUCUCCCAGAAAACUGUCUCGGCUUGAGUCUGGGACAUCUGGUCAUCAGCCAUUCCAGCGCUGGGCCACCCACUCCAGGCCUUGCUCUCUGCCCCCUGCUGGAGGCCAAAGUUGGGGCCCACUGUGCUGAGGCGCGCAGCCCGCCGAGGGAGCCCAGACUGGGCUCAACGCUGACCGAUCGGCCCAUCGAGGCAGCGCUCCCAAAAUGCACCCGCCUGCUUUUAGGGCGAGUCUCUGUAAAGCUCAGGACCACUUGAUGUCCUCAGCGCCGCUCUUCCUCAGGGAGUUGCUGGGGGCCGGGGAGGCAGAUCCACUCUCGAAGGAAGGCACGCGCUUCACAGGGCGGAGGUACCGGGGCCGAGCCUCCAGCGGGGAAAGAGUAUGUGACCCUGGGGUCUGCGCCAGACGUUUCUCGUCCCGCGCUCCCCAGGCCUCCGGGAUCGCCAGGGUGCUCUCUCCCGCCGCUUGGGGAUCUUAGACAAUGGAGCUAUAGCCCGGCGGGUGGCCUGGGGCCGAGCGCUGAACGCUGGGAUGGGUGGCCUCUCCCUCCGCAGACCCCCGCAAUUCCCCGCGUGGAGCCGGCCCUCGCGUCAGCCAGCACGCGGGGCCGAGCUGCGCUUCUCUUAGUUCCCGCGCCGCUCGGCAUCCCGGGAAUGCCACAGGAGGGCAGGUUGGCGGAUGCCGGCCACGGGAAACAGCUUUGGGCGGUGCAAGCCUCUGCUGCUCUCUACCCUUUGGUCCGAGCAGAGUGCUGGGCUCCUCUGUAGAGCCAGUACCGGGAGAUUUCUUCCUACACUUCGGGGUCGUUUUGGGCCUCAUGCUAUUUAUUUGUGCCAAUAUCCUUUUAAAUUGGUUCUUUUCUCUAUUCCUCUUUAGAUUUUCUCAUUUUAAAAUUACUGGCAUGGAUUCUUUUUUCUCCCCUCCAGAUUACAUAAACAUUAAACACACACACACGCACACACGCACACGCACACACACGAGUCUUCCGUAACGAUCACUGCGUUGACACCACUUUCACUCUGUCUCCCCAGAUCAGAGCUUCUAGCGAACCCAUUUGCGCGAGGACUCGGCCCCUCUCUUUUCCUGGCGAGGUUUUUGAACCUGUCGCCAAGGCCGUACCUCAGAGAGAAGGAAGUGCAGUGGGACACGAGGGAUGCAUGGCGCCUGCCCCCAGUCAGAUGCUCUUCAGAUAAUCUGCAACCAAGCUCGCUGAUAAAAUAUUUAGUAAAGACCUCGUAAACAUCACUGCAAAUACAUUAAGGCACUUCAGUCCGACAGCUUAUGAUUAUUUCAAAACUUAAAAAGGAGAUCAUUGAUUGUCACUGUUUCUGUGCUCAACCAAGAAACCGAACCUUCCCGAGGUGGGUGGAUGGGUGGGUGAGUUGCUUGCUUUUCGCUCCCACUCCUCCCCCUUCCCGCUCACUUUCAUGGCUGUGGCUCUCAGCAGCAGUGAUUUAUUUAUUUAUGUAUGUAGUUUAAAAGGUGUGCGUUGGUGGGGUGUUCGCGGAGGACACGCAGGACCUGCUCACAAAGGACUGGCUCAGGUGUCUUGUGCUUCUGCAUUAACUGGAAAAGACAGACUCUGGAACUUUUACAGGGCGAGAAGAGGCCACCGGCUCGCGCUUUGUAUACUUUGCACUUGAAAUCGUUACAUUCAACUGAAUAUUUGGCUCAUUCAGAUCCGAAAAGUCUCCUAGCAUCGUCGAAUUCCCUCCUCCGCCCCUCAGCUCCGAAGAAGGGAGGUGGGGGGAAGGUAGGAAAAUGUUUAGUAAAUUGCACAUCUUUGAAUCUUCCUAAAGCAGUGGUCACAAAGCUUAAAGGUGACACAACAGUGUUCACGUAAAACCAACACACAUUCUCCACCCCACCCCCAAGCCAACAAUAAAAUCAUCCCCUUCAAUUUGCCAUGAUCGUCGCGACCAGGAGCCAGGUGAUUAUCCUAAUUAAUGUCUAUCUAAUUAAAUUACUGUCAGCAGUUAACCAAUGGCAGGAGCCGUUUCAUCGGCUGCACAAGCAGCAAGAUCAAAAGUGAGCCUUUUCUGAUUGCUGCAUAGUGUCAAUUGGCCAAUCUCUUCUCCCAGGGAAAAAAAAAAAAGUAAAUCAAACCUUUGAGAAGCAUUUGCUGGUUGAAGUGCUUUCUGUCUAGUGAGGGGGUCUGUGGAUUUCUAGUUUAUGAUAAAUAGGACUUUAAAAACCAAGGACAGGAGGGCGAGUGUUCAGGUUCUAGAGCUAUGCAGCUGGAGCACUGCCUUUCUCCUUCUAUCAUGCUCUCCAAGAAAUUUCUCAAUGUGAGCAGCAGCUACCCACAUUCAGGCGGAUCUGAGCUUGUCUUGCACGAUCAUCCCAUUAUCUCGACCACUGACAACCUGGAGAGAAGUUCACCUUUGAAAAAAAUUUCCAGGGGGAUGACGAAUCAGUCAGAUACAGACAAUUUUCCUGACUCCAAGGACUCACCAGGGGACGUCCAGAGAAGUAAACUCUCUCCUGUCUUGGACGGGGUCUCUGAGCUUCGUCACAGUUUCGAUGGCUCUGCUGCAGAUCGCUACCUCCUCUCUCAGUCCAGCCAGCCACAGUCUGCGGCCAGUGCUCCCAGUGCCAUGUUCCCGUACCCCGGCCAGCACGGACCGGCGCACCCCGCCUUCUCCAUCGGCAGCCCCAGCCGCUACAUGGCCCACCACCCGGUCAUCACCAACGGAGCCUACAACAGCCUCCUGUCCAACUCCUCACCGCAGGGCUACCCUACCGCCGGCUACCCCUACCCACAGCAGUACGGCCACUCCUACCAAGGAGCCCCGUUCUACCAGUUCUCCUCCACACAGCCCGGGCUGGUGCCCGGCAAAGCGCAGGUGUAUCUGUGCAACAGGCCCCUUUGGCUGAAAUUUCAUCGGCACCAAACGGAGAUGAUCAUCACCAAACAGGGAAGGCGCAUGUUUCCUUUUUUAAGUUUUAACAUUUCUGGUCUCGAUCCCACGGCUCAUUACAAUAUUUUUGUGGAUGUGAUUUUGGCGGAUCCCAAUCACUGGAGGUUUCAAGGAGGCAAAUGGGUUCCUUGCGGCAAAGCGGACACCAAUGUGCAAGGAAAUCGGGUCUAUAUGCAUCCGGAUUCCCCCAACACCGGGGCUCAUUGGAUGCGUCAAGAAAUCUCUUUUGGAAAAUUAAAACUUACAAACAACAAAGGAGCUUCAAACAACAAUGGGCAGAUGGUGGUUUUGCAGUCCUUGCACAAGUACCAGCCCCGCCUGCAUGUGGUGGAAGUGAACGAGGACGGCACCGAGGACACCAGCCAGCCCGGCCGCGUGCAGACAUUCACUUUCCCCGAGACUCAGUUCAUCGCCGUCACCGCCUACCAGAACACCGAUAUUACACAACUGAAAAUAGAUCACAACCCCUUUGCAAAAGGAUUUCGGGAUAAUUAUGACACGAUCUACACUGGCUGUGACAUGGACCGCCUGACCCCCUCGCCCAACGACUCCCCGCGCUCGCAGAUCGUGCCCGGGGCCCGCUACGCCAUGGCCGGCUCUUUCCUGCAGGACCAGUUCGUGAGCAACUACGCCAAGGCCCGCUUCCAUCCGGGCGCGGGCGCGGGCCCCGGGCCGGGCACGGACCGCAGCGUGCCUCACACCAAUGGGCUGCUGUCACCGCAGCAGGCCGAAGACCCGGGCGCGCCGUCGCCGCAGCGCUGGUUUGUGACGCCGGCCAACAACAGGCUGGACUUCGCCGCCUCGGCCUACGACACGGCCACGGACUUCGCGGGCAACGCGGCCACGCUGCUCUCCUAUGCGGCGGCGGGGGUGAAGGCGCUGCCGUUGCAGGCGGCCGGCUGCACGGGCCGCCCGCUGGGCUACUACGCCGACCCGUCGGGCUGGGGCGCGCGCAGUCCCCCGCAGUACUGCGGCGCCAAGUCGGGCUCGGUGCUGCCUUGCUGGCCCAACAGCGCCGCGGCCGCCGCGCGCAUGGCCGGCGCCAAUCCCUACCUGGGCGAGGAGGCCGAGGGCCUGGCCGCCGAGCGCUCGCCACUGCCGCCCGGCGCCGCCGAGGACGCCAAGCCCAAGGACCUGUCCGACUCCAGCUGGAUUGAGACGCCCUCCUCCAUCAAGUCCAUCGACUCAAGCGACUCGGGGAUUUACGAGCAGGCCAAACGGAGGCGGAUCUCGCCUGCCGACACGCCCGUGUCCGAGAGCUCGUCCCCACUCAAGAGCGAGGUGCUGGCCCAGCGGGACUGCGAGAAGAACUGCGCCAAGGACAUAGGCGGCUACUACGGCUUCUACUCGCACAGCUAGGCCGCCCCUGCCUGCCCCGGUCCUGGCCCUGGCCCUGCCGCGGCCCGGCCCCAGCCUGCCCCUCGCGCCUCGCUCCCGGCUCCUCCUCCCCAAGCCCCACUUCGCGCACCCCCUCACUUUAUUUGACCCUUGAACACCGUCUGCAGCGAAUUAGGACAGGUCUCCGAGUGUGAUUUUAACCUCUUUUUUUGCACAGCAGUUCCUGCAGUUAGCGCACCGACCUUCAACUUGGCUGUAAACCUCUUUGGUUUCUCCUACUUUCCUUCUGUGAAGUUAUCCUCCUAACAGUCCUCGUCCCCCUCGUCUUUUCCUCACUCUCCCCUUCUCUUUCUCGUAAUGAAACUCUUCACCUUUAGGAGACCUGGGCAGUCCUGUCAGGCAGCAGCGAUUCCGACCCGCCAAGUCUCGGCCUCCCCAUUAACCAUAGGAUGUUGACUCUAGAGCCUGGACCCACCCAGCGCGUCCUUUCAUAUCCCCGAGUGGAUGGAUGGAUGGAUGGUAGGGAUGUUAAUAAUUUUAGUGGAACAAAGCCUGUGAAAUGAUUGUAUAUAGUGUUAAUUUACUGUAACGAAUGGCUAGUUUUUAUUCUCAUUGUCAAGGCACAAAACCAGUUCAUGCUUAACCUUCUCAUUCAUUUCUUUUCCUUUCUUUGCCUUUUUCUCCACUCCCCCCUGUCUCCCCUUUAAAAAAUUUUCUUGUGAGAUAAUUAACAAUAUUCUAAGAGGCUCUGGAAACUUGAAAUACUUGAUAAGUAAUGAUGGGUUUAUCACUUCUCCUCAAUCCAUUGCAUGACAAUUACUCUGUGCCCUACUGCACACAAAUAGCUAAGGAAAAUCUGACCAAACACCUGUAAAGGAUAGGUGUCUGUUCAUAGGCAAGUCGAUUAAGUGGCAUGAUGCCUGCAAAGCAAAGUUAACUGGAGUUAUAUGUUCUCCACCCCCCUCCUUCUAAAUAGAAUAGCUCAACAUCAGCAAUAUUAUUUUGCCUUAUUUGUUUUUCCCCAAAGUGCCAAAUCCAUUACUGGUCUGUGCAGGUGCCAAAUAUGCUGACAAACUGUUUCUGAAUAUCUUUUCAGUUCCCCCCCUCCACCUUUAUAUGCUGUAAAUCUUUGUAAUGAAUAUUCUACUAAUGAUAUAGAUGACUGAAUUGUUGGUAACUAUAGUGUAGUCUAGUGAAGAUGAAUUGUGUGAGUUGUAUAUUUUACUGCAUUUUUAGUUUUGAAAAUGAUUUCCCCGCCACCUAGAAACAGCUGAAAUUUGACUUCUUUGGGAAAACACUAGCAUUAAUGCAAGUAAGACUAUGUUUUUCCCCCCUCUAAGUCUUGUUAUAUUUGAUAAGGAGCACCAAUCCCCCUGAAAAUAGAUUAGUAGGAUUUCUAAUGUUGUGUAGCAAACCUAUACUUUUUUUUGUAUUUUAAAAUUAAUGUGAAAUAUGCAUCAUACACAAUAUUCAAUCUAGAUUCCAGUCCAUUGGGGGGAUUUUUUCCUAAUAGGAAUUCUGAGUCUAACCGUGUGUAUAUUUUGGCUCUUCUGUAAAUCUAAUGUUGUGAUUUUUAUAUUUGUUUCGUUUUGUCUGUGAACUGAAUAAUUUAUACAAGUACACACUCCAUUGAGAAACGUUUUGUUUUUUGCUCGUUUGUAUUGUCUGUGUAUAACAAGUAAAAUAAAUCUGGUAAAACGCUA